AUGUCUAAUUCUCUAAAGUCUCUUGACAAAAAAAUUUCAUCAAAAAAGAACGUUUAUAGACCAGUUCUAGACAAUCCGUACACUAAUGAAAGUAAUCUAUUUCCCCGUGUAAAUGAUCAAGCUUUAAUAUGGAAUUUGCUGCAGGUAAACGUCCUAAAUAAAUGCAAGCUAUUAGCAAAUAUAGAUCAGUCUGAGUGGCCCUUUAAAAUAUAUUCUGGGUUUAACAAUGUUAUAGCACAAAUAACCGAACUCGAUUCAAGUAGUAAAGCCUAUUUAUUUGUUUGCAAUAGGGACCCAGGGAUCUCAAAAGUACUUUUACAACAAUUGCCACUAUUAUGCUUCCAAAAAAAUGUUACUGUGGUUCAGCUACCGAAGGGAUCUUUUUCAGUUAUGUCUGAAGCAUUAGGGUAUUUAAAAGCGAAUGAUUAUAUUGCACAAUAUUCAGAUGGUUUACUUCUACUAUUUGAUACACCACAAUUAAAUAAAUCCUUUGUUACAAAAUUGGAUACAAACGUCGAGCCAUUAAGUUUCCCAUGGCUAAAUCCAGUAUAUAAGGAAGCUAAAGUGAAACUCUUCAAGUCAUCAAAAUCUUAA